GUCAACUUCCCAUUGACCCAUCCUCACCAGCUGUACUCCAGUACACUGGAGAUCGCAGCCAACAUUGUAUUUGGUUUAUAUGUAUCUUGAUCAUUCUGUUCAUCAGUACCUGCUAUAGGGUGCUAUUUCUCCCCCCCGUCCCGUUGAUUGAUGAGACAAGCGCUUAGCACAGAGCAACAUGGCUGGGCCACCCGUGAGAAGUGAUGUGGAGAGGCCUGGACAAGGAUAUUCUUCACUCGAAUCUUCUGUUUCCAAGUCCAACGAAGGUCUGUUUCUGGACGCAUACAAGGAUCGCCACGACCACCAUGUGGAUAGCCAUGGCGUUUGCAAGAAUCCCUUGAGAAACCUGUGGCAUAAGUAUAGGGACAUCCCAAAGAAGAUGAAGUUUGCUGGCUUUUUAAUGUUGGCAAUAACCUCCACUCUUUACUACAUCGUUGCACUGGGGCAAAGUGCGUACUCAUAAUCUACAACAUCGCCAUAUCUGUUUCCUCAGCUUUCUACUCACCAAAAUCGGAAUACAUAGAUAUUGCAUCCGAUGACCCUCCCGUGCAAGUCGCUGCCCCCACCAUCUGCGAGUCGCCAGAAUGUGUACAUGCGGCUUCCGAGAUUCUCUACAACUUGGAUCCGAACUACACGGAGAUCGAUCCCUGCACUGACUUCGAUAGAUAUGUUUGUGGGGGAUGGAGAGAACGACAUGAUAUGCGUCCUGACCAGGGGUCUAUAUUUGCUGGAACCAUUAUGGCAGAGAAUGCCCAAGCCCGACUCCGUCAUAUCUUAGAGUCAGAGGUAUUCAAACAUCCUGAAGAGUCGUCACCCGACUCGGAUAACUUUAAGAAACUGAUGAUGGCGUACGAUGCUUGCAUGGAUGAAUAUACUGUCAAGCAAAGAGGCACAACGCCCCUAGAAGAUGUUUUGGCUCGUCUAGAAGAGACCUACUCUAUAGGCUCCGCGUUUGCUGAAGACCCCAAGGACAACUUGACAAAUGCAAUAUCGUACCUUGCGGGAAUUGGCGUUAGAGCACUCGUUGGUUUUGAUAUUGGGCCUGAUGAUCGUAACCCAGACUCAGUUGUAAUCUUCCUCACUCCACUCAAUGCGAUUGGACUUCCAGCAAGAGAGUACUAUAACAACUCGGAAAUUGUGACAGACUAUACCGAAGUAGCCAAGAAGGUCCUCCAAGACUUCAGCGAUACCAAAUUCCAUCAUCUGAUUAAGGAUGUUGUUUCCUUUGAGGGAAAACUUGCAAAUGUCACCCCAAACACGGAAACUCAGGAAGAUGUCACAAAAUACUAUAAUCCAUUGACUAUAAAGGAGACCCAGAAGUUGGUCCCACAAAUUUCUUUUGCUGAUAUUAUAUCAUCACUGGCACCGUCUGGUUAUGAAGAUGAUCGUGUGAUAGUAGGCUCGCCCUCCUACAUGAAAUCGUUGUCGAAUAUUCUGAGCGAGACAUCCAGAGAGACAAUCCAGUUAUUUUUCAAGUGGAAGGCAAUUCAAAGAUAUGCAUAUGCUAUCGAAGAUCCCAAAGUCGAGCCGAUACAAAAGUUCCUCAAUCGCCUUGCAGGAAAGGAUCCGCAAGCGUCCGAAGAGCGAUGGAGAAAAUGCAUCAAGUCGUUGGAUCGAGGUCUCGGUUGGAGCCUGAGUCGGUUCUAUAUUCUCGACUCUUUUUCGGAAGAUUCUAAAAAACUCGGGGAUCAAAUUGUGUCUGACAUCAAGGAGCGAUUCAUCUUCACCUUGGACCAGACAUUUUGGAUGUCUCCAGAAGUACGGAAGCUAGCCAAAGAAAAGGUUGCGAAUAUCGUUCAGAAGAUAGGGUAUCCUACCAAGAGCCCCAACGUGGGCGAUCCCGAAGACGUGAAACAAUAUUACGAAGAUCUGAAGAUAUCAAACGAAACAUUCUUCGAAAACGAGUUAGCCAGCACGAGAUUUAAUAUCCACAGGGAGUGGUCAAAGUUGGGAAAGCCAACAGACCGUGACGAGUGGGAGAUGACCACGCCAACCGUUAAUGCCUACUACAAGGGCCCCGGAAACGAGAUCGCUUUCCUUGCUGGAAUCAUGCAGCCGCCGGUAUUUUACGGGCGCCGUGCUCCCUUGUAUAUGUCUUACGGACCUUUUGGUUCAGUGAGCGGACAUGAGCUUUCCCACGCAUUCGAUUCAACCGGCAGGCAUUAUGACCAAACGGGGAAUUAUACGAACUGGUGGGAUGACAAGACAGUCGAAGCCUUUAAAGAGCGGGCACAAUGCUUCGUCGAUCAAUACUCAAACUUUACUGUAAACGGAACUAAACCAGAACCUCUCCAUGUAAGCGGACGUCUCACCCUGGGCGAGAAUAUUGCGGACGCAGGUGGAAUCUCGGCCGCAUUCCACGCUUGGAAGAAGCACGAUGAGGCCUCCCCAGACCCUCACCUUCCAGGACUUACAUCCUUUAGCAAGGAACAGCUCUUUUUCAUUGCGUACGGAAAUUGGUGGUGCAGUAAGACGACCAGAGAGGCGGCAGAAGAGGCUAUUUAUAAUGACCCUCAUGCUCCUAAGCCUGCGAGGAACAAUGGUACCAUGGAAAACUCGAGAGAGUUUAAGGAGGCUUUCAAGUGCCCCAUCGUGGAACCCGUCUGCAAACUUUGGUAGCAGGAAUUUGUCGUGAAUUUGGAUCAAUGCAGCUUGGGGGUAGACUUUUUGGAAAAGAAAGGACGUUUGUGUGUUUGUGUUGAUAUGCAAGGGUAUGCCUGGUUUGGCCUAAAAUGGAGUAUUUUCUUUUUCAAAGAUUAGGUUACUAGUAGUAUACCGUCCGCCCCUUGGUACCUGUUAGGCGCUUUAACCCAGCAAUCAUGCAUGAUACUGAAGACAGCUAUGUCAUGACGUAUAUAAAGCUUUCAUAUGGUUCAAAUACCCGCUUUCUUUCUUUCGUCCAAGAGACAGAGGAACUUCUC